GACUUUGAUUGGUAUAUCUCGUCCAACCUCCACAUGUGUCCAGUUGCGUUUCAACCCAGUCACACUCCAGUUAGUUUGGGCUACACUGUAUACGACCAGCAUCAUAGUAUUGGCAGUAUCGUUGGAAGAGACAUAAGGGGGUCGAGAGCAAAGUAGCAGUCGACAGGAAUCGAGACAUCAAACAGUACCAUGAAUACCGUAGUCGCAAUUUGUUUAUUGGCAUGCGUGAGCUUGACUUAUGGAGAAAUCUCUUCAAGUAUAGCUGGGAGUACUAAUAAUCAAUAUGAAGUGUUUGCGAGAAACCUGUUGAUGCGCCUACUUGAGGAGGAUACUCGUUCAUCCGCAGAUGGGGCAGUCUUGGGUGGGGAAGUACGAAAAAGGGAAGAAUUGGUACAAUCUGACCUGCUUCUCCAAGAGGAAACCAGAUUUGCAUCUGAACUGGAAUCUCUAGAGCAGACUCUCGAAAACACCAAAAGAAUGUGGGAAUGGGCUGGAAUGGACUGCAAGAAGUAUGGCUCGAGGUGUGUUGAUAGAACAACCCCCUCACGUUGCUGCAAGACCUCUAGUGUUGAAAACGUUUCCGACACAUGUAAGGGGGAAACUGGGUGCUGUAUCUCCAUAGGCUUGAAAACAAUAUAUGAGAGUUGUAAACCCAAGAUACCAUAGAAAACACAGGCGUAUGGCUAAGAUGUGUAUUCUUCAAGAAACCGGAAUCAUUGUGACUUUAUAUAUAGGACUCAUAUUUAACAAUUUGAGAUUUAAUAUUUAAUCUUAGUAAUUUGGCAAAACAUUGUAACAUUGGCUCUAUAUGUAUAUUGGAAUGAAUCGUUCAACGAGAAUUUCGUUCUAAGAUCAUAAACUGUUGUAGAAUAAUCUAUCUGAUUUCAUCAUUAGUAUUCACCAUUUAUUAAUGUGAAAGUAAAACCUAGUUCGCACUGAAUGUUUCUAAUGUUUCAUAGCAUAUGAAUAAAUUUCCUUUCGUAAAUCAAAAA